AUGUCUUCCAAAUUAAGGAUUCUGGUCCCGGUCAAGAGAGUCAUCGACUAUGCCGUCAAACCGCGAGUGAAAUCGGACCGAACAGGCGUCGAAACCUCGGGCGUCAAACACUCGCUCAAUCCAUUCGACGAGCUCUCGAUCGAGGAAGCAGUUCGAUUACGGGAACGGAAACAACCCGUAGAAGAGAUUGUGGCGGUCAGCGCAGGGCCCGCGAAAUGUGCGGACACGCUGCGCACGGCGAUGGCGAUGGGCGCCGACCGGUCGAUCCACGUCGACGUGCCUGAGGAUAAGCCGCUGGAGCCGCUGGGCGUGGCGAAGCUGCUGAAGGCCAUCGCGGAGAAGGAGCAGAGCAACCUGAUCAUCCUGGGCAAGCAGGCCAUCGACGAUGACGCGGGCCAGACAGGCCAGAUGUUGGCCGGCCUGCUGAACUGGCCGCAGGCGACACAGGCCAGCAAAGUCGAGAUCAAAGAUGACCAAGUCACCGUGACGCGCGAGGUCGACGGCGGUGAGGAGACGCUCCGUGCGAAGCUGCCUAUGAUCAUCACCACGGAUCUGCGUCUCAAUGAACCGCGGUACGCCAGUCUGCCUAAUAUCAUGAAGGCCAAGAAGAAGAAACUGGACAAGAAAACACUGGCCGACUAUGGCGUUGAUGCGAAGCCCCGGCUUAAGACUAUCAAGGUCGAGGAGCCUCCUGUUAGACAGGGCGGCGGCAAGGUCGACGAUGUCGAUGGCAUGAUUAGCAAGCUGAAGGAGUUGGGUGCCAUUUAA